AUGGUGAUAUGGAAGGCCAACCCGAAAAAUAAAAACUUAUUAUACCUUCUCUUCUUGUAUAUAUUUUUUAUAAGUUUUACAAAUUGCCAAUUAAUAAAACUCGAUGGGCAAAAAAUAAAUACAAAUUAUAUACUUUAUGUUUUGAAGGGUUUAUAUAUAUAUGGAAAAGAUGACGCCCCAUAUAUUUUGUUAGGAGAGAAAAAGGAUAUGAACAAUCCAGGACCCCAUGCUUUAUUUGAAAAUGUAGGUAUAAGUACAACUGAGAUAAAAAAUACUCAAUAUUUCUCAUUUGGCAUAAAAGAUGAUUCUCACCAUGAUGAUAAUAUCAAUGAAAAACAUAACAAGGAUGAGGAAACAGAUAAGUCAAAAAAUCAUAAUCAUCCUUAUGAAGAUGAAGAUGAUGAAAAUGAUGAAAAUAAUAAAAAUAAAGGGUUUAAACUAAAUUUAUACAAAGAUAAUCCAUAUGUUCAAAGAAAAACAGACCACCCAGGGAUGGGAAAUUGGAAUUCAAAUGAUAAUACAUCUGAUUUAUUUUUAGAAAUAAUAAUUAUGAAAGAAAGUGAUUUUAAUAAAUUAUAUUUACCCAAAGAUACCAAUAUGUGUUGUUAUACUCAAAUGACUGGAUUUGAUAAUAAUGACAAAUAUACAUGUCCAGGAAAAGGAUAUUUAAAGAGAUAUUUAGAUGAAUCCGAAAUGCAUUCAUUAAAAGUACCAGUUUAUUUUAUAAAUGAUAGAAUAGAAGAUGAUGAUACUUCGUCAGGAAAUGAAGUAAACCAUAAUAAAUUUCUAGAACUAAUAAAAAAUGAGCAUGUAUUUAAUAUAGACAAAACAGAUAUAUAUACUGUAUUUAUAUCAAAUUGUGGAGAUAGUAAAAUUUAUGAAUUAGAACUACAUGGAAAUAUACAUAUAUUGAAUAAAUAUGGUUAUUUACCAGGAGAUAAAGUAACAAAGCUAAAUUUAUAUGUUUCACUUAUGCUUAUAUAUUUGAUAUAUUCAAUAAUAUGGUCCUAUUCAUUAUUAAAAAAUAAAACAAAUGUUAUAAAAAUUCAAGUAUGGAUAUCAGUAUGUAUGCUUUUAUAUUUAAUAGAAAAUCUAUUUUUAUAUAUAUAUUUUAUGACAUAUAAUGUUCAGGCAGUAAUAAAUAAUAAUUACCUAUUUAUGGCAGUUUUUUUCAGUGUUUUUAAAAAUGUUUGCUCAUAUUUAUUAAUAUUAUUAGGGGCAUUAGGUUGGGGACUAGUUAUACCAACAUUAGAUAGAAAAAAAUUUAUUAAAAUAAAAGUGUUAUUUAUUUUUUUUAUCAUAUUUGAUUUUAUAAAGCAGUUUUUAGAUGUCCAUUUAGCAGACGAACAUGUAAAUACGGUAUAUUUCUUAUGCUGUAUUUUGCCUAUGUCUAUAAUAUACUCCAUUAUAUAUAUGUGGAUAUUUAUAUCAUCAAGCAAAAUUAUUAUACAAUUAAAUGAAGAUAAACAAUAUGAAAAAUUAAAUAUGUUCAAAAACUUUUUUAAUGUUUUAAUACUUGCACUUGUAUUCUCAGUUAUUUCUUUAACUAUUGAUUUAUUUGUAAUGGUGUUUCCAAAUGACCAAUUAUGGAAUUUAAAAUGUUAUAUAAGUGAAGGAGUUAAUAGUUGCUUAUUUCUAACUGUCUUGACAGCCAUGUGUGUUUUAUUUAAACCCUCAGAGAGACUUAAGAGAAUUUCUCAUUUCACAGAAAUCGGCGAUAUGGAUGAAAUGGAUGACUUCUCUCAUUUUAAAAAUUCAAUUGAAGAUGUUCCAUAA